AAACAUCACUAAUACACUUUUGCAGAUCAUUCAAUAGUUGCAAGCAUGAUGAAUCUUAAUUUCGUUUUCAUAUUUUCAACUUUCAUUGUGUUUUCAAGUGCUCAAUUUAUGGACCGAAUUGGUAUCAAUUAUGGGAAGCAAGGUAGAGACUUACCCUCCCCAUAUCGAUCCAUAGUGCUUGUUCAAUCGAUGAACGCCACAAUGAUCAAGCUCUAUGAUUCAGACCCGGAGACAUUAAAGCUACUAGCUGGAACCGACCUACAUGUAUCGAUCAUGGUUCCUAACGAGGAGAUCUUAGAACUAGCGUCCAAUGAUACCUUAGCUAACCAAUGGGUUCAUGAAAAUGUCUUUGCUUACUAUCCUUCAACCAUGAUUCGAUAUAUCAUGGUUGGUAAUGAAGUUUAUAGCAAUCACAAUGAAGAACAAUGGGAAAAUCUAGUCCUAGCCAUGCAACACAUUAGGAAUACCCUACAUACCCAUGAUAUACAUAACAUUAAAGUUGGUACACCCUUAGCUAUGGAUGUUUUAGGGUCCACUUUUCCACCAUCUAAUGGUUCUUUUCGUGUUGAUACCUUAACAACUAUAGUACCCCUACUACAAUUUCUAAAUCGAACUAGUUCGUUCUUUUUUCUUGACGUAUAUCCCUACUUUCCUUGGUCUUCAAAUUCACACAGUAUAGAUUUGAAUUUCACUUUAUUUAUGGGUAACAUAACUUUUGUUGAUCCAGUAAGUAAUUUGACGUAUACAAAUUUACUGGACCAAAUGAUCGAUUUAGUGUAUUUUGCUAUGGAUAAAUUAGGGUUUUCGAAUAUACCUAUAUUUAUAUCUGAGACCGGGUGGCCUAGUCAAGGUGAUCUAGAUCAACCUGGUGCCAAUGUUUAUAAUGCAGCUACUUAUAAUAGGAACCUUGUAAAGAAAAUAUCAGCAAACCCACCUUUGGGUACUCCAGCCCGACCCGGUACUAUUAUACCCACAUUCUUAUUCUCUUUGUACAAUGAGGAUCUUAAAGAUGGGCCAAGUACUGAGCGCCAUUGGGGCCUUUGGCAGCCCGAUGGUACCACACCCGUUUACCCGAUCAACUUGUCGGGUAACAAAACGGAUUACGGGCCCUUACCACAGCCCAUUACUAAUGAGGCUUACAAAGGCAAAUUGUGGUGUGUGGCGGAUAGAUCCGUUAAACCGGAUCAACUAAGACCCGUUUUAAAGGAUAUUUGUACUCGAUUGAAUAGGACUUGUGAAGCGGGCCUUGGGCCUGGAAAAGAUUGCUAUGAUCCAGUAUCUGUUUAUUGGCAUGCUAGCUAUGCUUUUAGUGCUUAUUGGGCCAAGUAUAGAAAUUGUGGUGAAGCUUGUUAUUUUAAUGGGCUUGCAACUCUCACUACACGAAACCCAAGUCAUGGCAAUUGUCAUUUUCCAAGUGUAACAUUGUGAAGAUGACCAGCAUUAUGAAGAGCUACAAUUUUUUUUUAAUUCAAUAUAUCAAGUUAUCUUAGUAUUUUCUAAAGAACAAUGAUCUUAAUUUACUUUGAUUUUUUGUAUUGUUGAUUAUUGAUAUAAAUUUAAGGAUUAAGGAAUUUAUUACAUUCA